ACGGGCCGGAAAAUUUGAAAGUGACGGACUCGGUGAUAGUGAGCGAAGGUGACCACGCCUCCCUCACCUGCUCUGCUCAUGGCAACCCCGCCCCUGAGCUCACCUGGACCGCCCCUAAUCACGCCCGCACGCCCAGCACCAGUGGGCGCGUCCUAAGCAAGGGAGUAGGCGUGGCAGUCUUGAAGAUCGAAAGCACCGCCCACUCUGACACGGGAAUCUACCUCUGCCACGCCCACAGCGAGGCUGGCGAACUGUCACCUGCAGCUGCCAAGUUAAUAGUGAGGCAGGCAGCGUCGAUGAUAACGUCGGAAGGAGGGUCUUCCCGUGUGGGCGUGGGCGGGCGUGGGCGUCUGGUGUGCCGAGUGCGGGCGUGGCCUCCCCCAGCCUUCUCCUGGAGCACGCAGAAGGGCGCCCUGAUCUCCAACACGUCGAAAUAUGCCGUCCUCCCGCCGCGGCUCGAGGACGACCUUGUGCAGUGGCGGUCCGUCCUCGAGGUCAAGGAGGUCGUACUCGGCGACUACUCCGUCUAUCGCUGCGCCGCCAGGAACGACUUGGGCGGAGAGAUGGUCGUCCUCGCUCUCCGGCCGCCCGCACGCCCACGGCCGCCCGACAACUUUACUGUCGUAAACGCAACAGAAACCUCGCUUACUGUUGCCUGGACACCGAGCUACGGCGAGGGGACGCCCGAGGGGUAUACGCUGCUGUACAGGGCGGAGGGGACAACGACCUUCCAG